UGAGACAGGUUCCAUCACAGGAGGCCACUUUUGCCAACAACAUGGGAUACCCAAGACAAGGACCAUCAUUCGCCUCAACAAACUCGUCAAGACAAGCAGAACUCAAAAGGGCCGCAGGCGACAUCCCGGGACAGGUCACAGUCCCAUGUCUGAAUCCAAGAAAUCACCUCAUCACAACUCUUCUCUUACACUAUCCACAAUCCAUUUCUUCAGAGCUUCCAUGCUAUGCCUCUCAUCGCUUAUUUCGACUUUCGACAUCCACCCUUUUCCAGCAGUGGCUCUCUCCCUUUCCUUCCUACUCUUCACUCAAGUAAAGCAUGAUCAAGAAGACAGCUUUCUCAUCCACGAGGGCUUGCAAGUCGAAGACGAUCAAAUUCGGCUUGCCUCGGAGGACAUGGAUGAAGACAUCAUUGAAAUAGCCUCACCAGAGCAAAGGAAGGGACAUGAUCAAUUGGCAGAACCUGCAUUAUUACAACAUGGCCUGGAGCUGCAAGAUUUCCUCACAGAUGUUAGCUAUGAGAUCAUCACUGGGGAAGACAGGUUGAUUGAGCUCGACAUUGCAAUGGGCUCAAUAAGACAUAGAUUGAUGAAACUUCAAAGUUUUAGAUUAUUGCGGGAUCUUGUUCUUGCUUUUAUAUCUCCAUCUUUUUAUUAAUGUAAAAAUUAUUUUGAUCUUAAUAGUUACACACACAAAAAGCCACCAUUUGUAAAAUGGGCUGACGAUCCACUAGUCAUUUAGGCCCAACAGGCCCACAUUAGCCCAACGGCCAAGCGGGCUGCUGUAGACAGGAAGGUCGUUCAAAAAGAAAUGAAAUCUUGGCCGUCGAUUGUAAACCCCCGAUG